CCCGCAAAAAAACGAAACCACGUUGAGCACGCUCCGAUGCGACUGCGACUCGACCUACCAUCGUCGUAGUAUAGAUCAAUCAAUCAAUCUCAAGGCUCGCCCACAUAAAUUAGAUGAGCUGGGAGUCGUCGCUGUGUUCCAGGCUAGUUCUACCCCUAAGCUAGCUCCACACCACACGGCGAUGGAGAAGGACGGUGACGGCGGCGAAGGCCUCCGCCACCACGCCAUCCGGCUCCCGCUCGCAGUUGCAGCAAUGGAGGGCUCGGGCUCGGAGAUCACCAGCAACGGAGGGCCAAGCGUCUCGCUGCGCCAGAAAGCGUCUUCGCUCAUGGCCUCCUCGGCAGCGGCGUACCGCAGCAAGCCCGCCUCCUUCUGGGCGCUCCUCGCGCUCAGCGGCGGCGCGAUGCUCACGGCGUUCCCGGCGGCCAGCCUGCUCUCGCGCCUCUACUACAACGGAGGCGGCCAGAGCAAGUGGAUCCUCUCGUGGUCCGCCGUCGCCGGCUGGCCCAUCCCGGCGCUGCUGCUGCUCCCCUGCUACCUCUUCAGCGACGCGUCGCCGACGUGGCCGCCGUCGCCCUGGCUCUGCUUCUGGUACGCCCUGCUCGGCCUGCUCAGCGCCGCCGACAACCUCAUGUACGCCUGGGCCUACGCGUACCUGCCGGCCUCCACGGCGUCCCUCGUCGCCGCGUCCUCGCUCGCCUUCUCCGCCGUGUUCGGCCGCCUCAUCGUGGGGAAGAAGAACAGGAUAGGCCUGUCCACGCUGAACGCCAUCGUGGUGAUCACCGCCGGCGUGGUGAUCAUCGCGCUGGACUCGGGGUCCGACCGGUACCCGGGGGUCACGGGCCGGCAGUACGCGCUCGGGUUCGCGCUGGACGUGGCCGGGUCGGCGCUCCACGGCCUCAUCUUCGCGCUCUCGGAGCUCGUCUUCGACAAGUACCUCAGCAACGGCAGCGGAGACGGUGCCGCCGCGACCCGCUUCCACGUGGUGCUGGAGCAGCAGGCGGCGGUGUCGCUGAGCGCGUUCGCGUUCACGUCGGCGGGGCUGGCGGCCACCGACGGGUUCGCGGCGAUGCGGCGGGAGGCCGCGGGGUUCAGUGCCGCAGGGGGAGGGAAGGCGGGGUACGCGAUGGUGAUGGGGUGGUCGGCGGCGACGUUCCAGUUGGGGGUGCUGGGGGCGACGGGGGUGGUGUACCUGGGGUCGACGGUGCUGGCCGGCGUGCUGAACGCGGUGAGGGUGCCGCUGACGAGCGUGGCGGCGGUGGUGUGGUUCCACGACCCCAUGAGCGGCUUCAAGAUCCUGUCGCUGGUGAUCACCGUGUGGGGGUUCGGGUCAUACAUGGUCGGCCAUUCGUCGGCCAAGAAAACGUCAGGAGGUUCGCCUCAAUAACAACAUAGGCGGCAAAAUCAAAUUAGGAGCUGAUGCUAUGGUUUUUUACUGGAGAGGAGUAUAGUUCUGAUUCGUGGUUGGUGAA